AUGGAUGUGCCUCGUGCAUUUCCAAACCAAGAACCGUUAUGUUCAAUUUCGCCAUCUUCCUUGGUGAUAAAUGAAAUUAUAACAAUAGUAACAGCUAUUCGAAAGACAUCACGAUGGAAAAGUUCAGGCGUUGCAUCAAUUUUAGGCGUCACGACCUUAAACGAUGAGUUUCUCGCGGAUGGAUUAGAGAAUCGUUGGAAAACGAACGGAGAGAAAAGCAGUAGCGUUCGAUAUCCCUUGGUGAUGGAAUUCUCACAACUAAAGACUGAUCUCACAAAUCAGCAUAACCUAGGUAACUUUGAUUCAUUAAGGCUGUUGUCCCCCUUUCUGCGAACCAUAAAGUCACCGAGAACGACUGGAAAUGUAACAAGCUUGUGUAUCUCAGCCAUUUUGAAAUUAUUUUCCCUAAGAAUUAUAACCGACAAAUCCCCAAACCUAAAUGUUGCCAUGAGAAAUCUUUCGUUUGCAAUUACACAAUGUAGAUUUGAAAGUUACGAUUCCUCUCAGGAUGAGGUUGUCCUUCUGCGUGUUUCAAGACUUAUGGAAGAAUCAGUACGUGGUGCUGGUAACCGUAUACUGAGUGAUGAUUCCAUUUGCGAAAUUGUCGAAACAGGAUUAAGCAUGUGUUGUCAAAUGAGAGUAUCUGCUAUGUUGCGACAAAGCGCUGAGUUGUCAAUGAUCAGUAUAAUUCAAUGUAUUUUUGAGCGACUUAAGUACAUUGAUUCAGGAUUAGAUGACGAAAAUUUCUGGAACGAAACCAUAAAACAUCCUAUAGAAGAGCAAGACUUUCAUUAUAGUCGCUUGAACAACAGUGAUGUUGGGUCAAGUGAAAUAACUCCAUUCGGAAUAGAAUCUAUACGCGAGGUCCUUCGUGUCUUAAUUUCUUUCAUAGAUUCAAAAAAUCAGCAUUUCACUGACCAGGUAAAAAGCAUGGCUCUCCGAUUUAUUAAUGCCGCCUUUGAAGUUGCGGGCGAACACAUGGGCAACUUUCCUUCUCUGCGCAUAUUAAUUAGUGAUACCCUCUGUAAAUCUUUAUUACAGUUAAUACGAAAUAGUCAGACGCCCGUGUUAACUAACUCUCUUAUUGUUAUGACUACUUUACUUCAAGCAAUGCCUCACCAUUUGAAGUUACAACAGGAACUCUUUAUAUCUUAUUUAAUUUCCUGUCUACAAAUCCCAACCCAUAUAUCGAAAGAUUCCGGUCUUGAUUCAUCUUUAGUAAGGGCUAUAUCUUCCACGAACUUAGCAAAAGAUCAAAAUACAGACCGAGCGACACCAACCUCGUUUUCUGAGCGAAAACGUUUUGUUUUUGACAGUGAAGGAAGCCCUCCCGAAAUCCGUGAGCUCAUAGUAGAAUGCUUUGGCUCUCUCUCUCGGAUCCCUGGAUUUCUUGUUGACUUGUAUGUCAAUUAUGAUUGUGAUCCUCAGAUGUCUGAUCUUGCUUUAGAUCUCGUACGUGUUCUUACAAGAAACUGUUUAAUUGAUGCUGCUCGCUACUCCACUAAUAACGUACCUCCUUUAUGUCUCGACGCUCUUUUAAAUUUUAUUCAUAAUUUCCAUGAACGCCUUCUCCCUGCUUUUGAACCUAAAGACCAUGAUCGUGCCUUAGGGGAUUUAACAUCCUUAUUAGAGUCUAAGGAAAGAAAAUACUUAAUUAUUGAGGGUGCAAAUCUCUUUAAUGAAAGCCCUUCCGAUGGUAUUUCAUAUUUAUCUUCCCAUUCCAUUAUUGAGCAUCCCUCAGAAUCAAACUCUAUUGCAUCUUUCUUUCAUUCUACGAAUCGACUUAGUAAACGUGUGUUAGGUGAAUACUUAACAAAAGCGUCAAAUAGUGAAUUACUAAAUGCUUUUAUGAUUGCUUUCGACUUCAAGGGUAAACGAAUUGAUGAAGCUUUACGCAUGCUACUUCAAUCUUUUCGUUUACCGGGAGAAUCCCAAUUAAUCGAGCGUGUAGUAGAAGCUUUUGCUCACUAUUAUGUUGAGGCCAAUCCUGGUGUAGUGGCAUCUAAAGAUGCUGCUUUUGUUCUUUCUUAUUCUAUCAUUAUGCUGAACACAGAUCAGCAUAACCCAAAUAUAAAAGCACAAGCGAGAAUGACUUUAGAUGAUUUUUGCCGAAACGUGCGAGGAGUAAAUGAUGGUACUGAUUUUGAUCGUCAGUUUCUUUCUGAUAUUUAUAAUGCUAUUCGGAACUUUGAGAUAAUUGUUGCCGAAGAGCAUGACACAGAGCUUUCCUUUUUCUACAUUUGGUCCAAGCUGCUUCAAAAUUGUAAGGGUACUACCCCUUUCCGCUGUACCGACUCAAAUGUUUUUGAUUGUAUUGUUUUCAAAGAUGUAUGGAAUUCUAUAUUGGCCGCCCUAAUGUACGUAUUUUCGACCGCUACUGAGGAUACCGUGUUUUAUCGAGUUGUGAACGGUAUACAACAAGCAGCUGACGUUGCUGCUCACUUCAAUCAGAACAAUGUUAUAGAUUAUAUCGUUCGUCGUUUAACGGACUUCACUGCUAUAGGAUCAUUACAUAUACCUGAAAAUCAAUUGAACACGGCCAUAAAUCAUGAGAAUCAUCAAGUAGUGGUCAGUGAGCUUUCGGUACGUCUCGGUCGUGAUUUUCGAGCACAACUGGCUCUUAUAGUACUUUUUUGGGUUUGCAACAAGUUCAAAAAUUGCAUGCAUGACAGUUGGUCGCCCGUCGUUAGCUUGAUUUUAGCUUUGGGUAGUAAUAAUUUGCUAUCAAAGGAGUCUCUUCCAGGUGCUAAACUGUUUCAGUAUGAGCACUUCCCUUUUCCUAACCCUCCAGUUAUUUCCGGAAAAUCUAAUUUUAGCAAAGAAGGCGGGCUGCUUUCAGCUUUAUCUUCUUAUUUGUCUAGCUAUGCUAACGACGAACCUCCUGCGCCGUCAUCCGAAGAGAUAGGUCAAACACUCUCAUCCGUAGAGUGUAUAAGGUCUUCCAAAAUUGAUGAGUUUCUUCAUAAUUUGCUCGACAUUGAACGCUCUACUUUAGAAAGAUUGAUAGAUUCACUCAUAGAAAUUAGUGGUGGACCAUUACACGAUGUUACAUCUUCACAAAAUGAAAGCACUAGUUUCAUAAUUGGACCUUCGAAAUCUUCUCAUGCUCAUUUUAAUACUCAAAACCUCAUUAUAGCAGAUUUGCUAACUUCGUUAUUUAUCGGGUUUUCUAGGAAAAUGGAUGCUUCAGGUAUUAAGGAAAAGGUGUUUUCAUAUUUGCUCAGUAAGGCAGAACAUGUUGUUGACGAGCAAUCCAUGAAUCACUUUUCCUACUAUAUACUAUUAUUAUAUAUGGAUGAAGAUCUGGAACUAGAAGAAUCGUCUAUAGAGUGGAAGAAACUUACCGAAUACUUUGCUAUGGUGAAGAGCAAAGAGCUGGCAGUCGAGAGUUCUAUCAUUUCAAUGUUCCUUGAACUAGGCAACAGAUAUCCAUACUUGUUGCACAGUACAUUUGGUUUUGAUUUUCUGGAUGUAGUUCUUCAUGUUAAUUCAGCGGAUGUUUCCGACUUACUUGUUAUCUUCCAUAAAAUUUCGGCUCAUCAACUUGAUCUUCCCAAGCUUCAGUGUUACCUUUCAUCUGUUGAUAUGUUUAUUCAAAACAUUGUAAAGCAACUAGCUCGCAUACUAUCUCGUCAGAAAAAAGGACUGACAAAGGGAAAGCCUGUGGAUAAGACGACAUUAGAAAGUCAUGGAAAGGAUUUGAACGACGCAUUUGAUUUAUAUUUAAAAGCGGCAUCAGAGUUCGAGGAUGAGCAUUAUGAUGUUACUGACGACAAAAAUGUUCUGCAUCAAAAAUGGAAGAUGGUGUACAGUCAUAUUUGUAAGUUUUGCUUAUCCCGGAGUCGGUCUUUACGAACAUCAUCCUUUUCGUCUUUGCAGAGAGUUGUUAUGGUACAAUUGGACAAAUCACACGAUAUUAAUGUCACAAUGUCUUUAUUCCACCAAGUGUUACUGCCAACGAUGGAGAAUAUGAUAACUGGAUUGAAUGGAAAACCAGAGCAUCAUCUAUUUGGACUGGCAAAAGCACAAAUGUUCGGUAUUAUUUGCAAAACCAUUUUGUUAGACAUGGAUAUUUUAUCGAAUCAAUCGAAUAUGCUCUAUCCGCUGUGGUUAAAACUUAUGGAUGUCGCAAUCAAAUUGAGCGCAAUGCACGGAUCAGAAGCAAUGGCUGAAGUAAUGGAAUCUAUAAAAAAUGUGUACCUGAUUUUACAUUCUGCUGGGGCGCUAUGUGGUCCUACUGUGCAGGAUACGGACUCAGACCCACUUUUAAAAACUUGGAACUCUACAUGGAAUAAUUUAUUCAUCUACUAUCCUGAACUUGCUCAAGAACUCGACUUUAGUUCAGAAACAGAGACUCAGAUACAAACAGAGACAGGGUCAGAAAAGAGAACUGAGGAGCAUAAUUCUCUUGAGACUGGCGUUAUUUAA